AUGUCCACCUCAGCACGACGCCGCCUGAUGCGGGACUUCAAGCGUAUGCAAACAGAUCCUCCCGCCGGCGUUUCCGCCUCUCCGAUAGCAGACAACGUGAUGACAUGGAACGCCGUCAUCAUCGGCCCAGCCGACACGCCGUUCGAAGACGGCACGUUCCGUUUAGUGAUGCAGUUCGAAGAAGCGUAUCCGAACAAACCGCCGGGCGUCAAGUUCGUGUCUCAAAUGUUCCACCCCAACGUCUACGGCACGGGCGAGUUGUGCCUGGACAUCCUGCAGAACCGAUGGUCGCCGACGUACGACGUGGCCGCCAUUCUGACCAGUAUCCAAUCUCUGCUCAACGACCCCAACACGUCGUCGCCGGCUAAUGUCGAAGCAUCGAAUCUGUACAAGGACAACCGGAAGGAAUAUAUCAAGAGAGUCCGGGAGACGGUGGAGAAGAGCUGGGAGGAUUGA